GAACUGAAUGUAUAAACCCUAGAAAAUGUCAGUAGUACGUGUGUAAAGGUGCGUUCAAGUGCUCCACUGUGCUCGUGUUGCUCUCCACAGUGUGGGCGGGGUCCUUGCUGCUGUUUUCUUAGGUAGCCCGUUAAAAUGCCCGAACUCAAAACACUUCUUUUUCCAAGAUGGCGUCGAUGAAGGACAGCGACACCGGCCUGUGGCUUCACAACAAACUAGGAUCUACAGACGAGCUCUGGACGCCUCCGAGUAUCGCUUCUCUCCUUACCGUUUCAGUAAUCGACAACAUACGGCUGUGCUUUUCGAGUUUGUCGCCGCCGGUGAAGCUGAAACUCCUGCUCGGGAUGCUGCAUCUCCCCCGGCGGACCGUUGACGAGAUGAAGGAGGCCCUGUCCGAGAUAAUCCAGUUGGCGACAGUGGAUUCAGAGCCCUGGGUGCUGAUGGUUGCAGACAUCCUUAAGUCCUUCCCAGAGACAGGCUCUCUAAAUUUGGACCUGGAGGAGCAGAACCCAAAUGUUCAGGAUAUUCUUGGAGAGCUCAGGGAGAAAGUGGGUGAGUGUGAGGCAUCAGCCAUGCUUCCUCUGGAGUGCCAGUACCUGAAUAAGAGUGCGUUGACCACUCUGGUGGGACCUCUGACUCCCCCUGUCAAACACUUCCAACUGAAAAGAAAACCCAAGAGCGCAACGUUGAGAGCAGAGCUGCUGCAGAAAUCCACAGAGACGGCCCAGCAGCUGAAAAAGACCGCCGGAGUGCCUUUUCAUGCCAAAGGGAGAGGACUGGUCAAAAAGAUUGACAAUACGACACCUCUCAAGGGGAUUCCUAAGGCCCCCUUCCGCAGUCCCACUGCCCCCAGUAUGUUCAGCCCCCCCAGUAACCGCACACCUAUUCCCCCUGCACGAACACCCCUACGCAAAGAGAGGGGCGUGAAGCUGUUAGAUAUUUCAGAGUUGGACAUGGUUGGAGCUGGACGAGAGGCCAAGAGGAGAAGAAAGACACUGGAAACAGAAACCGGAGAGAAACCAGCCAAAGAAGAAGCGGUGGUGGAGAACACCACCCCAGACUACGCCGCAGGCCUCGUCUCUGCACAGAAACUGGGGGCUUUGAACGAGAAUCCUCUGCCUUCGACCAGCUACCUACCAGCCACACCCAGCAUGGUGCCCUCCUCCUCCUACAUUCCCAGCUCUGAGGCACAACCAGCCAAUGCUGGUGGUUCAGGACGGGAUACGCUGCAGUCGGCUCGUCAGCCGGAGGAGUCGGCGACGGCAGGCGCUGGCGCCGCUGCCACUUUACCGAGCCAGUACAAACAGAGGACGCCCAUGUACAACGCAAGCACCACGGCCAACCCCGCCACCCCCACAUCCCCCAGCACGCUAACCUCCACACCCGCCAGCAACGGACCCCCAGCAGCUGCGACCGCAAGCCAGCCAGAGACCCCCACCCAGCCUCCCAGCACACCUCAGACCCCCACCCCGACCCCUGCACCACCACAGCCUCAACCCAAAAAGAAUCUGUCACUCACGAGAGACCAGAUGUACGCCGCCCAGGAGAUGUUCAAGACGGCCAACAAGGUUACCAGACCAGAGAAGGCUCUCAUCCUGGGCUUCAUGGCUGGAUCCAGAGAGAACCCGUGCCCGGAGCAGGGGGACAUCAUCCAGAUCAAGCUGAGCGAACACACAGAGGUCCUGCCCAAAGCUGACGGCACCGGUAGCACCACCAUGCUGGUGGACACUGUGUUUGAAAUGAACUACUCCACAGGGCAGUGGACCCGCCUCAAGAAAUACAAACCCAUCACCAACACCUCUUGAACCCCCCCCUCCAAACACACCCACUCAUCCAAGACAUGUACCCACUCAGAACACACGUUUACACAAGUAUUUGCAGACACAUUGGGCCAAAUCAAGCACUGGGUGAAGCACUGUCAAGGAGAGAAAGGUCCUCCCUUUUCCUGCACAGCCAAAAUGCAGGAGUUUUUUUUCUUUUUUUUUUUCUUUUUUUUUUUUUUUUUGGGUUCGUUUUUCUUUACCUUUUUAUUGUUUUUGUUUUUAAGUCACCUCCUAUUCCUGAAUGACUCUGUGGUCAGGAGAGAGUUCUGAGAGCAGAGAGACUGUUGUCAACAAAACAUUUGUAUCUGUCUAAAUGUGACGUUCACAGUUUAUUCUUCGACAAUAGAAUCGCAGACGGGCAAAACAAGAUUAAAAAAAGAAAAAAGAAACAAAUGAAACCGACAAGUCAUCAAAGAGGCAA